AUGUCUCAGUCUUCUCCCAUACAGACCCACGCCUUCCCCCCCGGCGUCCAGCUCUCCCCUCGUGGCUCCAAGCGCACUCGUUCCGACUCCAACGCUCAGCCUCCCAACAACGGCGCUCUCGGCGGUGACAACUCGGUCUUCCAGCAUGAGGUCCCCGACGACGACGGCGUGGAUGAUGAUGACGACGAGGACGAAAGCCCCGCCCGGACUAAGAAGGCCGGCCGCAGGAAGAUAAAGAUCGAGUUCAUUACUGACAAGAGCAGAAGGCACAUCACCUUCAGCAAGAGGAAGGCCGGUAUCAUGAAGAAGGCUUACGAGCUUUCCACCCUCACUGGCACUCAGGUUCUGCUGCUCGUCGUGUCCGAGACCGGUCUCGUGUACACUUUCACCACGGCCAAGCUGCAGCCCCUCGUCACCCAGCCCGAGGGGAAGAACCUCAUUCAGGCAUGCCUGAAUGCGCCU